UGGGAUACGAUAUAGCUCCUUGCGUGUGUGCGCGAGGGAGACAGCAGCAAGGAAGAGCUCCCCACUAAGCUCAGUCGCCUUUCACGAGCACGGUCGGCUGGGCGACUUGGUGCCGCGGGUAUAGCCGUAAACGUGAGCCAUCGUACUCAAAUUCCAUUCGUAUCGAAGUACUGUUUUAUUGACUUGACACGGGGGACAGGAUCUCUGAACGGAUCGUCCUCCGUAGUCCAGCGGAGACGGUGCUCGGGCCGCCGGUGAACGCGUGACAGCCAGUGUACCAGCCCGCACGGUUCCGGCGACAGGCGAACACUUUAUUGUGAUCCUUAACGAUUCCGACAGCGAGAAACCAGUGUUCCAGGACUUGUUUCCGGUUCGGUCAGCGCUGUUGCCGUGUCUCCAGCCGAAUUUUUACGCGCGAACCACUCCAGGAGGGGAUUUGAAAGCCGGCGAUUACGAUUUCGAGCGACCGAAUCAAAAUAAAGAAUUGCCCGUUUUUUUGGUGGCCGAACUAUGACCGCCUGCACGGCGUAAGCCGAAGAUACACCUCGAGGAUGAACAGGCCAGCCGAUCGAGCCCCCCUUCGGCGCAAACUCGGAGAGAACACGCUGCGGAACAUGAGGUUCCCCAAGAAGCUUAUUCUACUGUUGGCGAUUUGUCUGUCGACCGCAUAUACGGACGCGAAUAAUGUAAACGAGCCACCGAUCCUGGAAGGUGGAGGAUACCCAGCAGGCUUGGCUCUGCCAGAAUCAACCAAAGUCGGUACAGAAGUAUUCGUCCUUAAGGGCCACGAUCCCGAAGGAUCGCCGGUGAAAUAUGGUAUACAACUCACGGACCAUUUCGUUGUAAAUCCACGCACUGGCGUCAUCACCUUGGCUAAACCGCUUAAUCGGGAGGAGAACGACACGAUACGCUUCCGGGUCACGUUGGAAGACGAAGUACCCGCGGGUCAGCAACCGAACAUCGUCGGUGUCGAUGCAUUCGUGAUCGUGCUCGACGAAAACGACAACCCGCCGCGUUUUCUGGGCAUACCGUACGAGGCCGUGGCCGAGGAGGACCUUCCGGUUGGUACGACAGUUCUGGCGGGUAUUAGAGUAAUGGAUCCUGACAUGCUGGGCGACAACAUAGAUCUGACCUGUGUUCCUCAGCCACAGUUUCUCGAUGCCUGCGACAAAUUCGGCAUCGUCAAGGUGGAGAAAAGCCAAAACUCGUACGUUGGUGCACUGGUCCUGCGACAGCCACUCGACUACAGGGAGAGACCCUUUUACCAAUUACUGCUCAGAGCGAGCGAUGGCUUGAACAAUGAAACCACGGGAGUCGAAAUCAAGGUGGCCGACAUUCAGAACAGCCCGCCGGAAUUUCUGGACUCCCUGACCGGCGUGGUGCGCGAAGACGAUCCCAUUGGAACACUGGUUAUGACCAUCAAAGCCCGGGACGGCGACAGGGGAAUGCCGAGAAAAAUGAUCUACGAAUUGGUCACCAACCCGUUCGAUUAUUUCCUGUUGGAUGACGAAACGGGCGAACUGAGGACAGCGAAACCAUUGAAUAGGGAAGCAUUGAAGGACUCGACUGGAGUGCUCACAUUGAAGGUAAAAGCACGAGAAUUGAUCGAUGGAAUGCCAGGCAGCGACAAUUUGACGGUUUCAACGGCAGAAGCCACGGUGACGAUAAAGGAUGUCAACGACGAGCCUCCAACAUUUAAUCGCCGCGAGUACAACAUCGAAAUUCCAGAGAACGUACCGAAUGGGACGCCUUUGCCGCAUUUGGAUAUGACUGUUGAAGAUCCUGAUGUCGGCCUGAAUUCCGUAUUCUCUUUGCGACUGGAAGACAUUACGGAUGGAGCAUUUACCAUCGAACCGACCAUGGCGACCGGCAGCACGUCCGUGAACAUUCGUGUUGCAAAUGGCUCGCUCGAUUAUGAGAAUCCAAACCAACGGAAAUUUAUUAUCCUGGUCGUUGCAGAAGAGGUCCAUACGAAUCCCAAGCUUACAUCCACUGCAACCGUGACCGUUGCAAUUACUGACGCAAAUGAUAACUUGCCAUCCUUCGCCAGACCUACUUACACGGCUACGGUAUCGGAGACUGCAGCACAAGGCACACCUGUCAUAACCAUCACUGCUCAAGAUCGUGACAGUGGACGAUUUGGUACAGCUGGAAUAGUUUAUCAAUUACUUGGACAAGGUGCGCAGCAUUUUUCUGUGGACAAGAAGACUGGGACCAUUUCAAUAGCUCCUUGUCCGACACCUGGAACUUCACCUUGUUUGGAUUACGAAGAACAGACCGAAUACUUCCUCACGUACAAGGCGACUGACAAUGACGGACAAGGUCAAACAACCAGCGUCUCCCUGCGCAUUAGUUUAUCCGAUGCCAACGACAAUCCCCCGCGAUUCCUCCAAGAUAAAUAUCGCGUGGUAAUAGACGAGGGUGCUGAGAAAUUUGAGCCGGAGCUAAAAGUUCAAGCCAGAGAUAAAGACAAAACGUCGAAAAUUACGUACACUAUAGUCGACGGCAGCGAUCAUGGUCUGUUCGCUAUAGAUCAAGACUCCGGCGAGAUUACGAUCAAAAAUAAAGGUCCAACAGAUCUGAAGAAUUCGAGCCGUGAUUGGAUCGCUCUUGAGAUUCAAGCGAACGACGGGAUAUUCGUUGGCUUCACCACAGUUAAUAUUACAAUUCGAGAUGUAAAUAACAACGAGCCUGUCUUUCUGCACGAGUUCUACACGGCCAACAUUCCAGAAAUAGCGCCAAUCGGGACGUUCGUGGAGGAAGUCACGGCAACUGAUGCAGACACAGGAAUCAAUGCGGAACUAAUUUACAGAAUACAGAAAGGAGCUUUAGACGACUUCGCUAUUAACGAGACGACAGGAAUAGUGACUGUGUUCAGAAAAUUGGAUUACGAUAAUAAGAACGAAUACCACGUGGAAAUAAUAGCACUUGAUAAAGGAACGCCCAGCUUAACUGCGACCACUACGUUAUUAAUUGACGUUGUGAAUAACAACGACAAGCCUCCGUACUUCACACCGGAGACACAGCGAGCCGAAGUCACAGAAGACACGCUAAUUGGCACUGUUUUUACGUCGCUGAAAGCUACGGACCCUGACAGCGAUAAUUCGGAAGCAUUAAACUUUGCCAUUUCGGAACCGAUCACGGCUAUCGACAGAAACGGGCAAAAGGUCAACGACAGUAAAUCUUUCAAGGACUUCUUCGCAGUCGAUCGUGCAACCGGUCAAGUCUCGGUUGUCAGACCUCUGGACCGUGAUGUUGCGGCAACAGUAAGCAUCACUAUAGUUGUCAGCGAUACAACGGCACCCACAUUACAACAAGGAAGAGGUACAUUAGUGGUUACGAUUAUUGAUGUGAAUCACAUGGCGCCAGAAUUUUUGAAACCAUGGACAAGAGAAAAUCCACGUUAUUUAAUCGAAAUGCAAGAGGAACAGCCAACAGGAGCAAUUGUAGGAGCAUUCACGGCUGUGGAUGCAGAUAGCAACAUAGCAGGAUACGCGAUUGAUCCUCCAAGUCCUUAUUUCAACAUAGAUAAUGUCACAGGGAUUGUUCGGACCAGCCAAGUAAUAGAUUACGAAGAGACAAAGCAGUUGGAAUUUCAAGUAAUUGCUUACGACUCUGGUGUACCUCAACUAUCAACAACGGCAAAAGUUACAGUGACCAUAAUUAAUGUCAACGACCAAGAUCCUAAAUUCGAAAAAGAAUUUUACAAUGCCUCCGUAAAAGAGAAUUCGCCAGCCGGGACACAUGUUACUGUAGUGAAAGCCACGGAUGGAGACGAGGGACUAUUCGGAGAAGUUAGUUACAGCCUCAUUGGUGAACAUGCCGCAGACUUUAACAUAGGCCAUGAAACUGGAGAAAUUACCGUCGGUGGUGCAACUGUUCUCGAUAGAGAAAUGACACCCGAAGUCACGAUAACUGUAAUGGCUAGCGAUGGAGCUCAUCUAAACUCUCGUCGAAGUACGACUGUUCCAGUGCUCGUGAAGCUUGUCGACGUCAACGAUAAUCGACCGAUAUUUUCACAGCACAGUUACAGAGCUUCCGUGGCCGAAAAUUUACCUGUCAAUCCACCUGCGCCGAUCUUACAAGUGAGAGCAGUAGAUCACGAUGAAGGAGUUAAUGGAGAAGUUUGGUACACUAUAAUCAGUGGUAACGAGAACGAAUCAUUUUCAUUAAAUCGUGAAACUGGUAUUUUGUAUCCUGGAGCAGCCCUUCUCGGUAGAGCUGGCACUUAUAGGAUCAAGGUAGAAGCCAGAGACGGUGCUGGUAGUGGUCCUCAUUCCGACGAAUGUAACGUCGAUAUACGAGUAACUCCAGUAAAUCAACACAAACCUCGAUUUGUUCUGCCGGAAUUAGCAAACGCUACUGUAGAAGUUCCUGAAAAUGCUGGCAUACCAAAUUACUUGAUAUUAACGGUAAAAGCGAUUGAUCGAGAUCCUGGUGAAAAUGGACACGUGAGCUAUCAUCUGAAAGUUGGAAAUCACAAUACUCAAGAGACAGAAGAGUUUUCGAUAGACGAAGACACCGGUGAACUGCGAUCGAAGAUUCUUUUGGAUCGUGAGGCGAAGAGCAAAUUCGAGCUUGUUCUGGUAGCUACCGACCAUGGUACACCCACAGCAUACGAAACUCUGCGACUUCUUACUGUGCAGUUGGUCGACACGAACGAUAAUGCUCCCCAAUUUUACGACGAGUAUCAUUUUCAUUUAUCUGAAAAUCGUCCGAAAGAGUACUUCGUAGGAAAGGUGGUGGCAAAAGACAGAGACGAAGGCACGCACGCGAAAGUUUACUAUUACAUAGAGGCUGGGAACGAGGACUAUGCUUUUUACAUAGACAAAACCGACGGUAGCAUCUACGCGAACAAAUCGUUCGAUCGUGAGACACGAGACAAAUAUGUUUUGUCGGUUCUGGCAUCCAAUGAUCCUGACAUUUACAUAAACCCAAUAGAUGCUGGACGUCCAGUGUCCCAAACCACGGAUCAUGGCCACGUUAAUGUAACUAUAACGAUCCUGGAUGAAAACGAUAAUCCACCGAUCUUCGAGCGUAACGAUUACUACGCUGGUGUUAAUUCGAUGGCAAAUGUGAACGAUUUCGUGACAAAAGUAACCGCAUCCGAUUUAGACGUUGGUGACAAUGGAACGCUCCAUUAUUACGUUACCAGCGCUAAUCUGUAUAAGUUUGAAUCGGUGAAGCCUAGUGGUUCCAUAGUACCAAGUCCGUUUAAUGUGACUCAGGACGGUAAACUUGUAACAAGCGGAUACAUGGCUGAAUAUAAUCAGGACAGAUUUAUUGUCGAGGUGAUAGCGAAAGAGACCGCUAUUCCAGAAAGAUACGCGAUGACUAGAGUCCACGUUUGGGUAUUCGAGCCUUCUCAAUUGAUAAAAGUUAUCGCGUCGCGACCACCGGGCGAAGUAAAUCGCGAACGUGACGAAAUUGUAUCGGCAUUAUCAAACGCAACACAAAGCAGAGUUGUUGUUGACGAAAUUCGAUACCACGUGGAUGCAUCCGGACACAUUCGUCGAGAAUGGUGUGACAUGUAUUUGCACGUUGUGGAACCGAAAUCCCAAACCAUUGCACCAGUUCCACAAGUGCUUAAAGUCAUUGAUGCAAAAUAUGACUUCUUAAAAGACUAUUAUGCAGGCUUUACCAUUGUAAAUGUCGUUCCUGCUUAUGCUGGAGUACAGGAAGAACCUUUUGAUCCUGCAUUAGCAGCCUUAAUAGCCCUAUUAGUAGUACUACUAGUUGGUGCUGUUACGGUGACAGUAGUUUGUUGCUGUCUACGUCAUUGGGUAAUUACUGUGCCAAGCGAUAUAAGAAAAAAAGAUGGCUUAAUAAAGAAACAAAUUAUUGACGAGUUAAAUACCACAGAGAAUCCUUUAUGGAUUGAACAGAAACUUAAACCAUACGAGGAACAGGAGUUAACGAUGCAGGUGUUCAGUGAACCUGAAGGUGGUCUAGUUACAGAGAGACGCGGAAGUGGUGUCAGCAUUGGUAUGGGUGAUACAUCUCAGGAUAAUACUUAUGCUACUAUACAACGUCCAUUGCCUACCAGUAGGCACUGUCCAACAACACCUGAUUAUACAACAUUGCCAGGAAAUCACAAUCUUUAUGAAUCUGCAAUGGGUUUCCAAGGAUCAACAUUCCAGCCAUCUUCGAAUGCAAUACCACAACUUACGCUCGAUCGCGAUGGCCAACCCCAGUUCGUUUCAGGAUUAGUAUAAAUUAAAUUUUCCGCCAAGUCCAUUUUUUAAUCAAUGUAUAACUUCAUCCGCAUAAGUUGUACAUCUUCAUUCCCGGCUCUAUCCGUAGCACGCGCCUUUUUGAAAGAAAAAGACACUCGCAUGCACACACCUUCUCGACAAUAAUCGAAUAAUAUUGUUAGGUUUGUCUGCGAGUAGACGCGUGUACAAGAUGAGCGAGAAUUUUUCCGAAUUAACUAGAGAAGCCUCCGACCAUUUGUUAAUUCAGUUUGAAUCCUACUGCAAGGAAUAUUAAACGAAGCGUAACGACGGAUGACAGUCAAUAUUAUUGGAAUAAAUAUUUCCCUGUAGCUGGUGUGUGCAUGUAUAUAUGUGUGCGUUGCCAACCUGUGGUCCCAUUUAAUUAUUUAAUCGUUAGAUUCAUCACUAGAAAAAUCAAAAUCGCUAGAUGAUAGACACUGUGAAAUAGCUUAAACGACCGAAACUUGGCACGGCAGAUAUAUGUAUAUAAGUGAAUGUUUAGACUCCGUCCAGCGCCGUUUUUUCAUUACUUCCUCACUAGUUUAAUAUUUAUACACCUUGCGUACGUUUUACAUAUGGAAAAUGGGAGAACGUACUACUUAUAGCGUCAUUACUCUGUACACGAACAAGAGGAAUGCCUGUAGGUAAAAUUAUAAGUAACGAACGAGCUCAUACUCUUGAAGCAGGGUUUGAAAUUGUUUUGAAAACACUAUGUUCCUGCCAGAACGGUUCAUGAAAAUGUUCGAAAGAAAUUCUGUUACGAAUCUGAUAAAUUUUAUUAAAACAAUACAGAGGGCUAUAUUGUUCUUUUGAAAGUAUCAUUCUUGGUCAGAGCAGAAUAUUUCGUUCGUAGUAGUUAUUGCGUUGUGUCAUGAUUAUGAUCUAGGUGUUAAAAGUACAAGUUCAAGUUGAGAAUUUAAUCGUUGAUAUUGAAGUUCCAUUAUAAGAAUAUGUAAAUUCGAAUUUGAUUUUAACCGAUGCGAUUUGAGUGUGACAAAAAAUUGUAUAUUUUGUUUGUUCAUUAUGUGUAGAUAAUUUAACUUUAAAUAAUAAUACUUGUUAUAGUAAUCGUAUGAAUAACAAUAAUACCAAGAAAGGUAACAUAAAAAAUAAAUAAAUAAAGUGGGAAAAUAUAAAAAGAAAAUUAGGAAACAAAUAAAUAUUAAUACUUACAAUUAGUCUAACGAAAAAGUGAGGGCGUUUACUAUACUUUUGAGAAAAAAAUACGAAUGAUUGCACAAAAAUAUUAAUAAGUAAUAAAAAAUAAUUGUAGUUAAAAACGAUCUAAAGGGUGAAGGCUACAAUGGGAUAUGUAUCGUUUUAAUUUAGGUAACUUUGACAAAAAAUCGUAACAAAUUGGGAGCAAAGUACUUAUUGGGGAUAGUAAAUUAUAAAUAUCUUUUAAUUUCAUUCUGCUCUGAAAGAAAUAUUCAAGGAUCAACAUAGGCUCAUUCUUGAGACAUAUUUCAAUCUCUGCCUUGAAGAUACUCAUACUAAGAAGAAUUCGAAGCGAAAUAUCAGCAUAUAUCAUACGUUCGCGUAUAAAUGUUAUUUACAAUAUUAUCCGUUAGAUAUUUAUUUAAGUUAGUGUUAAAGAACUGAUUUUUAUCCGAUAAAACUGUGAUUUGAUUACGCCCGCGUAUGUAUGUGAUUGUUGACUUGCAUUUGAGAUUUCGUACAAGAUAUUAGCGAUGGGCGGAUAUAGUCAUAUCAUAGCUAGUUAAAAUGGAAUCGUUUGCAUUCAGUUUUCGUGUUCUGCGAGAACAUAAACACAUUCUUUGUACGGGCCACUUCAUUUCUCAUCAUCUAAACCGUCCUCAACGAAGUAUGCGCAUUGGGGUCUGAAAAAUUGACUGCAAACGGUUCUAAUCAUAAUAUAUCAUGUACCCGAAGGAAAACAAUAACUUAACUAUGAUCAUGUUAUGUCUAUGAACAUUUAAUGUAAAACUAAUAUCAGUAUCACAACUUUAUUAGGUGGUUAUGAAUAUUCCAGUCCAUAUGUUUAUUGAUUAUAAAUUUAUUGUACCAUAUUUUAUGUAAAUCAUUGAAAAAAGUAUUCAUACAUCAACAUACAUCACAUCUAACAUCAUGUGGAAAUAAAUAUCCAAUUCUGUGUA